UUCCCAGAUUUGCUUCAACAAUUAGAUUCCGACAUGAAAUCUGCCUUGGAGAAAAUAACCAAUGUUCAGUUGAAUCACUCUCAAUGGGUGCAGUCGAGUUUGCCAGUCAACUUAGGCGGAUUAGGCAUUCGCUCAUUGUUGGACAUCUCGCUACCAGCUUUCUUGUCCUCCGUGUACGGCGUCAAGGAUUUCGUUUCUACAUUAAUCAGUUUACGGGAUUACGAAUCCGAAAUCGCCCACUUUACGGAGGCAUUGUCGCGAUGGAGCGAGUUGAAUGAAGACUUAACGCCAGAAAAUCUACGCUCACAAUUCAACUGGGAUCAAAUUAACUCCAAAAGAGUCGCAUCUUCGUUGUCAUUCCCCAACGAUACCGAACUGUACCGCUUUCAACUGCUUCAGAACAAGAUGUCAGGAGCAUGGCUUAACGUUGUACCGAGCCCAUGCAUUGGAACGUUAAUGAACAACGACGUUUUCCGCACAUGCGUUGGUCUACGCCUUGGUACCAAAAUCUGUCAUCCAUUCGUGUGCAUUUGCGGAACCCAGGUAGAUUCGCUGGGUCGUCACGGGUUGCAUUGUAAAAAUAACGCUGGAAAAUUCUUCCGACACGCUGAACUCAAUCGUACUUUGCACACGGGUUUGGCUUCCAUUAAUAGGAGUUCUUUGUUGGAACCACCCGGUUUAUUCCGAGAUGACGGCAAAAAACGCCCGGACGGCAUUACAUACACGGCUUGGGAGAAGGGCAAGGCUCUAGUGUGGGAUGCGACUUGUGCCGACUCAUUGGCCGCAUCGAAUAUGGAUGGGAGAACGAAGACACCGGGUAUGGCGUCGGUAAAAGCCGCAAACCGCAAGCAUGCGAAAUAUUCCAAACUUAAACGAAACUACCAUUUCGUCGCAUUUGCGGUAGAAUCACUGGGUCCUUGGGCGAAAGAAUCAGUGGAUUUAUUGAACAAGAUCGGCGCUAAUCUGAUUCGCACAACUGGUGAACCGAAGUCGAGGACUUACUUGUUUCAGAGGGUUUCACUAGCCAUCCAACAUGGGAACGCAAUGUGCAUUAUCUCCAGCAUUCCGAAAAGCACCCCAAUGGAAGAAGUGUAUUUCGUUCAGUGAUUUUCUUUGUUUUGUUCUUUUUUUAUUUAAUUUUGAUUGUACGUUAGCAUGUUUACUGUAGAAUGAAUUGAAAUAAAGUUUU